AUGGCUCGACGCCCCAUCAUUGCAGUCGCCGGCCUCGCCUGCGAGACAUCAACCUUCACUCCAUCACGCACUCUAGCCCCCGCAUUUCACCCCAAAAGAGGCGACGAGAUUAUCCAGCGGUACCACUUCCUCCACGAUGACCAGCCAGUUGGUCGAGAUGCAGAGUGGAAGGGUGCGCUGAUAGGACACGCCCUCCCAGGAGGAGUAGUAACCCGCGAUGGAUUCGAAACGUUAACAGCCGAGAUCUUGACCCGGCUCCAGGGCAUUGUUUCGCAGGGCAAAAUAGACGGGCUGUGGUUUGACAUCCACGGCGCAAUGGUUGUAGAGGGGAUGGAUGACAUUGAAGCAGAGCUGCUGCGACGAAUUCGCCAUGUCAUUGGCCCCGAUGUCAUUGUCUCGGCAUCGAUGGAUCUUCAUGGCAAUGUUUCCAGGGAACUAGCUCACAUGUGUGACCUGAUUACUUGUUAUCGAAUGGCGCCCCAUGAAGAUGCCCUGGACACAAAGGAGCGGGCGUGCCGAAACCUAAUUGACGUGUUGACGUCGAAACCACCCGGCACAAGACCGCUGAAAGCCUGGAUUCCCAUCCCCAUCUUACUACCAGGAGAGCAAACUUCCACGCGUAUCGAGCCAGCAAAGCAUAUAUACGCCGCUGUUCCAGACGUCGAAGCAAUGGACGGCAUCAUCGACGCAGCAAUAUGGGUGGGCUACGCCUGGGCAGACGAGCCUCGAAACCGAGCCAUCAUCAUGGUCACAGGGUGGGACAAAGACACGAUCGCCAAGGGAGCAGAACGACUAGCAAACUUGUUCUGGGAUGCGCACGCUGAUUUCAAAUUCGUAGCACCCACCGGCUCCUACGCAGAGUGUCUCGAUGCAGCUGUUAAAUCACCCCCCGAGCAAAGACCAUACUUCAUUUCUGACUCUGGCGAUAACCCUACGGCCGGUGGCUCAGGCGACGUAACCUGGGGAUUGACACAGCUCCUCAAGCGUCCCGAGUUCAAGGCCCCUGAUUCAGGCUACACAGUCAUAUACGCCAGUGUCCCGGGACCAGAAGCCAUCGCCACGGCUGUGAAGGCAGGUAUCGGCGCGACCGUCACGGUAACUGCGGGCGCAGAGGUCGACAACAUUCACGCACCGCCCAUCACGAUGACCGGCAAAGUCCACUCCAUCAAGCAUGGUGAUCGGGAUGCUGUGACGGAGGUCGUCCUGCAGGUUGGCUGUGUGUUUGCCAUUCUGACAAAGUUGCGGAAGCCGUAUCACAAGGAACGCGACUUUACGGAGCUGAAUCUUAAGCCGCGGGAGGCGGAUGUUGUUAUCGUGAAGAUUGGGUACUUGGAGCCGGAGCUCUACGACAUGUCCAAGGGGUGGAUGUUGGCUUUGACACCUGGGGGUGUUGACCAGGAUCUGGAGAGGUUGGGGCACCAUAGGAUUCGGAGGCCGAUGUGGCCGUUUGACAAGACGUUUGAGAAGGAGCCUGAUUUGAAGACGAGGUGGAUUUCUGCAUCUAAUGAGGCUUUAGACGGACCUGAUGAGUAG